ACUUAUGCUCGUUUUAGCGGAGUUUGACGCCAACAAAGGCAACCAAGUGGUUUGGCAAUCUGAGGCGGGCAAUUUGAAUGGAAUUGAGUUCAAAAUGCUUCCCAGUGGCCUGCACACACGUACGGAAGAUACUAUAUACUUUAAGUACUGCGACCAAAUGGGCUGCGCGGUUUACGGCAUGAGGGGCAACACCCGGGAAACGGCCAAGUUCUACUCAUUGGCGGUAGUCAGCGGGAGUCUCGAGUGGAACCAGGAGACCUUCUUACGGGACGCUUUGGAAAAGUUCCUGUCCAUUGGCGAUACAGAUGUUCUGCCCAAACAAUUGGGUGCCCCCGAUCCCCGCUGCCACCCCGUGCUGGGAGCAGACUUGUUUUUGGGCCGAUUUGGCCCUAGGGUGUUUGAAUUGUGGAAAGCUGGACUUGCCAGAAUGCGCAUUCUGCUAUUUGUUAAUUCCUCGGUUCAUGAUGCCAGCAGGUUUGCCUACGUGCUCUCCCGAAUGACCACGAUUCCUAGUGAUGUGCGUCACUUGUUACCAGAACACCGUCAGGCGCUACAAUACACGGACCCCGAAGCUAUUUAUAACGUCACGCUCCAUGAUCUUGCGGACCUGCAGCAGUUGGAGUCUUUUGUGGCUUGUUCAACUGACGAACUUCUUACCCACAGUGCACAGAACGCCGCUGACAUUAUUGGAAGGCCUGACAGCGUCAAAUCGCUGCUUUCGGGCAAUAAUUUAGAGCCCACAUGGACUGAUUCACACCGAUUCUCAGUUAUUGCUAAAGCGUUCGAUGUUCCAGCCGAAAGCUCUGGCAUCAUGACAGCAGCGGCCAAUGCUGCAGCUAAUGGGUUGAUUUGGUGGGCAUCUGCGGGCGAAAGUGCUUCGCUUGAUGCUCAAGAAGUUCAGCCACUGCUAGAGGCUUCUCCAGAGGGUGUGGCUGUAGUUGGCCAGUUUCAGAAUUACACGCGCGGUCUCAUACACACUUUCAGUCGCUUAGCCGAGGACUCGGAUGGAGGCGUGAUUCGAAUCACAGCAGCAGAUCUGGCAGCACUCGGACUCGACAUUUUCUGCCGGCAGGACCGGGAGUUUCUACAGAGGUUUAGCCUGGUUUGGUUCGACAGACCAGUCUGGUUCACCAGCUGGUGCUGCUGUGUUUAA